AUGACUGUCGACAUCCUAACCCCGACACAUCCACACACUAUUGACGGUGUGCACCUCCACGUCAAUGAUGGCCUGCUGGCGUCCAACGAGGUGGACAAGCUGCAGCCAUCCUAUCCUUCCGAGCCCAUGGAAGUCUUGAGGGAAAGAUAUAACAAGAAUGGCUACCUCCUUCUCAAAGGAUUGCUACCGCGCGAAGAUGUUUUAUCAGCACGAGCCUCCUACUUUGAUUCGCUCUCGGCGAGCGGCGUAAUCGAGCCGGGUUCCGCGGCCGUUGAUGGCAUCUUCAACUCGUCGGCAUCCGCUACCGAUUACCCCGGCAUCGGCGCGGGCAGCGUCAAGGGCAACGCUCGCCCCGGCGAGACGGACAAGUCGGAAGUCUUUGUAGACUUGGCCUUGAAAGCCCACACGGACGACUGGUAUUGCGGUUCCGAGGAUGGCAAGACGCGAGGGUUUUGCAACCAUCCCGCCCUGCGCGACUUUAUCUCCCGGUUUAGCGGUUGGGGAGACGAUACACUGGCGGUCAAGAGAACGUUGCUGCGGAAUAAUACUCCGGGGAACAAGGCCAUUGGUGUUCACUAUGAUCAGUCGUUUAUGCGAUACGGAGAGCCUACUUCGGUGACUGCUUGGGUACCCAUAGGAGAUGUAUCUCUCGACGGAGGCGGCUUGAUCUAUUUGGAUGGCGGUGAGAAACUUGGAGAGGAGAUUGAAAAUGACUUUAAUGCCAAGGCUAAGGCGGCCGGCAUGUCGGACGAGGAAAUGAGAAACGCAUUCAAUGUUAACAUGAUAAGCACUGGUUUCCUCUGCGAAGGACCGGGCGAUUUUGGGCGCAGAUAUGGCAGGAAGUGGCUUGUGACUGCCUACGAGGCGGGCGAUGUGGUGCUACAUACACCUCACAUGAUCCACGCAUCCACGAUGAACUUUGACAAGGGCAGGAAGAUCCGGUUAGGCACAGACUUGCGCUUUGUCAACUCUGCCAGACCUUGGGAUACUCGGUGGUCGAACCACUACAAGUUUGACGAUGGCGUAUGA